AUGAAUAGUACGCUGGUAAAUGGUGCAGUAAAUACAUCAUGUGCUUUCGAUCCACAUAGCCUUGAAAUCAAAACGAAAUCAAUAGAGCAGACUCUUGUCCCGCUUGUUACUCAGAUAACAACGCUGGUGAAUUUCAAGGAGGGUUAUUUGUCAAGUGGUAAAAAACGAUCCGAGAAAGCUGUUCGCUCAGCUCUGAAAAUAGGAUCAGCAGUAGAAGCAGCUAUUGAACGUUUUGUAGUGGUCGGCGAAACGAUUGCCGAUGAAAAUCCAGAUGUACAACCGGAAAUGUAUGAUGCAUGUCACGAAGCCCGACUCGCAGGAGCUUCAAUAGCAAAUUUAAAUGGUUGUUUAACGGAUGAUUCGGGUAUUGCUAUUGAUAAAUCUGUUCUUGUGCGAGCUGCACGACAGCUUCUAACUUCUGUAACACGAGUUCUUUUGUUAGCAGAUCGUGUUCUUGUCAAACAUAUUCUUAGAUCUGAAGAUAAGAUAGCAUAUUCACUGGUGAAAUUAGAAAAUACAACUAAUUUCACAGAUUUUGUAAAAAUUUUUACCGAAUUUGGUGGUGAUAUGGUUGAUUUGGCUCAUCGCUCAGGUGAUCGGCAGAAUGAUUUAAAAAGUGAGAAACGGCGUGGACAAAUGGCUGUAGCUCGUACGAUGCUGGAACGGUUGACGAUGCUGCUGUUAACUUCAAAUAAAACGCUUUUAAGACAUCCAGAUAGCGAUAGUGCACGGCAGUGUCGAAAUGGAGUUUUUCAGCAGAUGCGUUUGGCCCUUCAGUUGAUCGCGCUUUGCGUUUCUGAUGGUGUAUUGCACUUUGAUGCAUCACAUUUUACAUCACCCUCUAGUGAAGAAGUUUUAGAUAUUGGAAUGCAACUAACUGCCAAUGCAGCUAUUAGGCGGUUAAUGGAAAUGUUGGAAAUGGUAAGAAUGACAUGUAAUAUUGGAACUGGUACAAGGGAACGAUUAAUAAGCGCUCUGGAUUCUUUAUGUGAAAUGACUCAGGAUUUUACCGACUCAGCCUAUACACCGCAUCAUCAUCGGGAACAGAUUUUGGAUUUCUUGGAAGAAUGUCGUUUUGAAUUGACAAAUCUUAUACAGCCUGAUGUUGCUGAUGAACCUCUAAGGAAUGAAAGUAUCGAAGUAAGUGUUGAGAGGCUUACUCGAAGACUGAAGGACCUGAAGAAACAGCUGCAAAUUGUGGCAAUGGAACAAAUGUCGGAAGUAUUACGUACCAAUGAAGACCAAGUAAUUUUGUCAUCCAUAAAGGCAUGUUCUGUGUCGGGUGAUAUUGAUGGUGUUGAAAAAUUUCUUGAAGAAUUUCGAGAGCAUUCAGAACAUAUACAGGAAACAUUGUUGGCUGGUCGCACGUUGUGUAUACAUCCAUCAUCACGUAUAGCACGAGAGAAUGUGGAAGUUUUUUGUGACACAUGGGCACAGUGUGUUAAUGAUUUGUCGAGAUUAGCCAAAGAAACAGAUGCAGCGGCAAGCGGUCGUUUAGCAGCGGAGAAACAAGCUUAUAUGUCGCUGCCUAGGCCAGGGAAACAUGGGACGACGCAAAAGCCAACGAAGCCGAUUACGCUUGAUGUGGAAGAUCAACAAAAAAUUGCUAAAGUUGGCUUGGAGAUGAAACUCCUGACUUCCGAAGUUGAUGCAGAAGCAGAAAAAUGGGAUGAAUAUGCGGAAAAUGAUAUUGUGAAGCGUGCCAAAGCAAUGUCAUCAAUGGCUUACAAUAUGUAUCUUUUCACUCGAGGCGACGGACCACUGAAAACAACACAUGACCUUUUCACACAGGCAGAAUUUUUUGCAGAACAAGCUAACAAAAUGUAUAAAACGGUUCGAGAAUUUUCUUAUGAGGUACCUGGAAGUGCUGAGAAAAACGAUCUUUCAACAAUUCUGGAAAAGAUACCUAUACAUUGUCAGCAGCUGCAAGUACUUGUAAAAAGUCCAACAGUUGGUAAACCAGCAACAUUUUCCAAAGUUGAUUCAGUGAUACAAGAGACGAAGAAUUUGAUGAAUGAAAUUGCUAAACUUGUUACUGCUUGCUUCGUUUGUGCAACUAAGUUCGAAAUUGAAUUCCAUGGUUCGUCGGUUCCACGACAAGUUCUUGCUGAUGGCGAAUACACGCAGCGUAGUAGUAGGGAAUCUACGUUGUGGCGGCGGACUCCAUCAAUGCGACGUACCGCACAAGCACCCACAGUUCAGGUUCGUUUCAAAUAUGUGAUCAUAGGAAAAAGUUGA